CCCCCGUCUCUGGGAGGUUCUGAGACCAAGCGGGGGCCUGUGGCCUGUGGCCUGUGGGGCGCGGGGUGGAUUUGGGACCCCUGCCACAGAGCCAGCCGCGUGCAGCAGGAGGGGGGCUGCACGCUCUGCCAACCCAACAGAGGUCGAGGAGGAGGAGGAGCUCCAGGGACCGGCCCCCAGACCAACGCCCACCCCUCGCCGGCCCGACUGUGCUACCAACUAAUAAACAUGGAGUCUCUGACGCCUUAUCACACCGCCCACAGCGCCUCCAGGGUGGGCAUGUUCAACACCGCCAUGGGGAAACUCCAGCGACAACUGCGCAAGGGAGAAUAUGACCUUUUUAAAUACGCACCCAUGCUCGAAAGCGACUUUGUGCAGGUCACCAAAAGAGGGGAAGUCGUCGACGUGCACAACCGAGUCCGAAUGAUGACCGUGGGCAUCGCAUCCACCAGCCCCAUCCUCCCGCUCCCAGAUGUCCUGCUGCUGGCCCGCCCGGCCACCGGCUGUGAACAGUACUCCGACCAGGGCCAGGCCACCAAGGGAAAAGGCCGCAAGGCUUCCACGACCCUGGAGCUCACCAGGCUCCUUCCCUUGAAGUUUGUGAGGCUUUCUGUUCACGACCGGGAAAAACAAAUGCUUCGCCUCAAAUUCGCCACCGGCCGCUCCUGCUACCUGCAGCUGAGCCCCCCACUGGAUGCACAGGAAGACCUCUUCCCCUACUGGGAGAGCAUUAUCCAGGUACUGAGGCCGCCGCCGGUGCCCACGCACAGCAGAAGCGACGCCGCUCGAGCAGACGACAUGCUGGACAUGCCUCUGCUGGAGGACGCCGACGGCAGGAACGCAGCAGGCGCAGAUGUCGAAAUAAUAGAUGAGGACCAGGUCAGUGUCAGGAGCCUCCACGAGGGCUCUGAGGGUGGCCGGGGCCACCUCUGCAGCUUUUGCUGGCGGGGAAGAGACCUUUCAGGACCCCCCAACACCCAACAGCGUGCCCACUGUCGCUGCCCCAACUGCCCGGGGCUCUACAGGGAGUCGGCAGCAGGGGCCACGACCGAGGCGGCGGCCGCCGGGGAGGCCGCGGCAGCCGCGGCAGUGGCGGCGGCAGGGACAGCAGCAGAGUUCGCAGCGGGGGAGGCCGGCAGAUGCCUGGCGUUCGCCGGGCCCGGAGCUGCCGGCAAGCCUGCGGGAGAAGCCGCUCGGGACGCGUCGGAAGGCCAGCUCCUCUCGGACGCGCCGAGCUCGGCGGGCAGUGGGGAGCCGGCGGGAAGGCCGCCCCGCAAGCGCCGGGAGGAGGAGCGAGCCCCCCGCAGUUCCCGCCACCGCAGGGCCGCCGACAGCCGCCACAAGGCCCCGGGGCACAAGAUCACCCCGGCGGACUCCAGCCGCUCCUUAGGCAGCCACAGAGCCGCGCGGGAGCACAAGGAGGACAAGGGCCGCAGCAGCCCGGCGCGCGGCAGGCGCGCCCCCGACGAAGGCAUCAGCCACGCCCCCAGCGCCAAGGACUCCGGGACCUCCCACAAGUCGGGCGGAGCCUCUCCGCCGGCAGCUCGGGCUCAGGCACCAAGAUGA